GUCAUUAUUAGUGACGGCUAUCUAUAUGUUUAAUAUGUUUAAUAUGUUUAAAAUUCGUCAAAUCUUCAUAUUAAUUAAUGAUAUUUAAAAUACAUAUAAUAAUACAUGUACCAGUAUGACUUAUUUUGCGAAUACGUAUUAAUACGUAUUCAUACGUAUUAAUGGGAUUAAUGGGAUUAACAGUUAAUGGGAUUAUUCCGCGAAGUGGAACUACUCUACUGUAGGUCACCAAUUAUCAUAAUGUUUUUCUACAUAUAUAUAUAUAUCCCUUAAAUAUAUAUUGUAUAUAUUUCCAUUUUCCCUUAAAUAUAUAUAUAUGUUUUCCCAUUUUCCCUUAAACAUUUAUAUAUGUUUUCCCCUUAAAUAUAUACUGCAUUUCUCUUUAAUAUAUACAUUUUCCUUAAUAUAUACUGUUCCCUUAAAUAUAUACUAUAUAUACUGCAUUUCCCUUAAAUAUAAAGGAUGUCAUAACCACAUCGAAAUUGUUCGAAAUACUUUAAAUACUACUUGUCUUCUACAAUGAUUCGCGGGUAUCACGUGCUAAUACUUUGACAUAUCUAAAAUAAAAUAUCAGUAAAGAAUAAAAUAACUGCGUCCGAGUUGCCACGUUUUUCUAAACCUGUAAUUUCGGCACAAAAAAAAAAGAUUUUCGUAUAAAUUAUCCGAUGGUAUAAGUAAGUAUACCUGGUAAAAAUGAAUGAAAGG